AGUCGGAAGUAGUUUUUUGGGUAGUGAAACUUGCCAAAAUGGCAGAAGACAGUAGUUAUGAGUCGAUGUUGUGCGUAAAACCGGAGGUUCACGUUUACAAGAUCCCGCCGCGGGCCUCUAACCGAGGAUACCGCGCUGCUGACUGGAAGCUGGAUGAACCUGCAUGGAGUGGUCGCAUGAAAAUUACAGCAAAAGGCAAGAUGGCCUUCAUCAAGUUAGAGGACAAAAACACAGGGGAGCUGUUUGCUCAAGCUCCUGUCGAACAGUAUCCCGGCAUUGUGGUGGAAGCUGUGACCGACUCCAGCAGGUACUUUGUGAUCCGGAUAGAGGACGGCAAUGGACGGCAUGCUUUCAUCGGCCUGGGUUUUGCGGACGGGAGAUCAUUUGACUUCAACGUUGCCUUACAGGACCAUUUUAAAUGGGUCAAGCAAGAGGGUGAGCUGGCUAAACUGGAAGCUUCUCAGAGCUCGGCGCCGAAACUGGACCUGAGCUUCAAAGAGGGACAGACCAUCAAAAUCAGCAUCGGGAACAUCAAGAAGAAGGACGCAGGCGGCGCCAAACCCCGGCCGGCCGCCGGAGGUCUGCUCCCGCCUCCUCGAGCGAAGGCCGGAGGAGUCCUGCCCCCCCCUGGAGGACAGCCUAUUCCUCCAAACGCAGCUCCUCUUCUAGACUUGGCUCCCCCGCCCCGCGGCGCCCAGCUCGGAUGUGUGGGGGAUUUCACAUCCGCAGGUUCCAACUCCAGUAACGAUGCUGUCAAAUCAGGAUGGGUGCAGUUUAGUUGAGUUGUGAGAAGCCGAGCGCACACUCAGGUUCCGCACAUUCCACGGACAGGACGCGAGGACUGUAGCAAGAAAGA